UGACAGAGUGUUGUGGGAGGGCCACUUCGUUGUAACUAAUAAGGAGCUCUAUCAGCAGGCGAUCCGAGUGUGACUUAUUUCCAAGUCCUCAAACCCGCACUCGGACUGAUCGUUAUCUCACAUGGAUUAUGCGCUGCUUGCUGCCUUUUCUUGCUUACCGCCUUAGAGGAAACUUUCCCUACAACUAUUUUCAAGGAAACAGCUUUAUUGUGUCAGAGCCAUGACUUGCCUGCAAAGAUGGACGGCUUUUUUAUGGAUUGUACUCUUAACUCCUUGCAUUUUCGGAAUGGCAGUUAAUGAACGGACAGGUGACUCCUGUCCCCUACUGAAUGUAGAAGUGCUCAGGUUUUCUGACAGCUUCGAUGAAACACUGGAAAUCACAGGAUUUGAUCUCACAGAAAAGUUUCUUCUCCGAAAGGGGACAGUCACAGAACACCUGCCUUCAUUUCGCCUGGGAAGCAGCCCACUUAUCAAGCCAACUAUACAAGUAUUCCCAAAUGGAUUGCCGAGUGAAUUUUCCCUUGUCACCAUCUUUCGUGUGAGAAGAACUACAAAAAAAGACCGAUGGUAUCUUUGGCAGAUAUUCGACCAAGCUGGAGACACGCAGGUGUCAGUUGUGGUUGAUGGUGGCAAGAAGGCGGUGGAGUUUUCCUCUCAGGGCCUGCUGAAAAACCUGCUCCGCUACACAUUUAAGAGCCGUGACCUACACACCCUCUUUGAUCGCCAAUGGCACAAGCUGAGCUUUUCUGUACAGAGCAACAUCGUCUCUGUUCACAUGGACUGCAAGCUAAUAGAAAGGAGGCUGACUGCCGAAAGGGACAGUAUCAACCCGAGUGGGCGUACACUCAUCACCACCCGAAUACAGGAUGGACGACCUGUGGAUGUUGAACUCAAACAAAUAAUCCUGUACUGUGAUCCUUACCUAGUCGAUAUGGAAACAUGCUGCGAGAUACUGGAGUCAAAGUGUGAAGCCAAGAAGACAAUUAAUGGCACCUCCCCAGCUCCAGCUACAGCCCAGCUUCCACAGAUGCUGUCUCAGCGAGCUACACAGCCAAAUGACAGAUGUCACUGUCCAAUUGAAAAGGGGGAUGCUGGUCUUCCUGGUCUAGUUGGACUUCCUGGACCAAAAGGGGAUGUGGGAGAAAAAGGAGACCCAGGGGAGGCCUGCUGUCCAGGAAGCCAGGGUCAGAAGGGAGAAGAUGGAUCAGAAGGACAGAAGGGGGUCAAUGGCGAGAAGGGUGAUAGUGGUCUGCCUGGAGCUCCAGGACUGCCUGCUGUCAAUGAAUGCCUCAAAGGAGAUCAGGGCCCCCGUGGUGACAAAGGAGAAAAGGGACUGGAUGGCAUGCCAGGCCAGUCAGGCGAACCAGGCAAGGAGGGCAAAAGGGGACGUAGAGGAAAGACUGGGAAGCCUGGACCUGAAGGCAAGCCUAAGCUCCUGCUGAAAACUACAAAUGUGCUCUGCAGGACAGCAUCCUGUCUCUGUAGUGUGAUCGUGACAUGGGCACCCGACCCCCACCCUCCUUACUAUUUUACUUAUUUCUGUUUUAGAAGUCUCGGAGAAAAGGGCGAGCCUGGCAUCUCGGAAGAAAAGUGGGCAAAAGGAGACAGAGGAGACCCUGGUCAGCCAGGUGCCCAGGGGGCCGAAGGGAUGAAAGGACAGAAAGGUGAUGUUGGCCCCCCUGGUCCCCCCGGUCCUGUGAUGACAGCCCAUGGGUUGAAGACCUUUUCUGGAACUGAUGAAAUGAUAAAUAUGCAGAAAGGAGAAAAAGGAGACGGGGGAAACAUUGGGCUGCAAGGACAAAAAGGAGAUCAAGGUCCCGAGGGCAAGCAUGGUCCAUCUGGACCAACUGGACUCCCCGGACCCCCAGGAGAGCCUGGCUCACCAGGGGUGCCUGGGAGAGAUGGCCUAAAAGGAGAGAAGGGGGACUUGGGACAAGUGACGGGGCUUCAAGGACCUCCGGGACCUAAGGGCGAGCCUGGAGAGCCUGGAUAUGUGGGUGAUAGGCUGUCUAUGUCCAGAGGCACCCGUGGCCCCAAGGGAGAGCGAGGCAUCCCAGGACUACCUGGAGAGCACGGUGAUAAAGGCGAGCCUGGAGAGAGCAUCACAGGCAUGCCUGGCCCCAUGGGACCUCCAGGAAAGCCAGGAGUUGAGGGUCUUCGCGGAUCUCCAGGUUCACCUGGGCCUGCUGGAGCUCCGGGAAGAGAGGGCCCUCCUGGCAGAUCGGGCCCCCCCGGACCUGCUGGACCUCCAGGUGAACCGACUGCACUACCAAUUGUUGGAGAUAUGGGGGCUUUGCUCAAGAAUGCCUGCAGUGUUUGCCCGAUGAGAGUUUCUGGGCUGACUGGACAGAAGGGAGAGAAGGGCUCCCCUGGAGUGCUCGGACAUGACGGCAUGGUGGGAGAAAAGGGGGAUCCAGGUGUGAGAGGUCCAAUGGGGAAUCCUGGGAAGGAAGGUCCAAAGGGAGUGAAAGGAGAGCGAGGCUUCUCUGGCCCCACAGGAGAUAAGGGCGACGAGGGGCCCCCUGGAGUCCCAGGACUUCCUGGAGUGACAGGUCGCACCGGGGAGCCGGGGAUCAUGGGUCGCCCAGGUCCAAUGGGUCAACCUGGAUCCAAAGGGGAAAGAGGAAAUGAAGGACCUCCUGGUCAACCAGGUCUUCCAGGACCUCCAGGUGUACCCUAUGUGGACGGCAAUGGGAUGAGCAGUCUAUACAAGCGGCAGAGUGGUGGAGCUAUUUUAGGACCCCCUGGGGCUCCCGGUGCACCGGGCCCCAAAGGAGAUGAAGGACUCGCAGGGGAACCAGGGCUCAUGGGAUUACCGGGUCUGGAAGGUCUACCGGGUGCUAAGGGUGAUGUUGGUCUGUCUGGUGCACCUGGAAUACCAGGCCCGACAGGGAAGCCCGGCCCUCGGGGAGAACCAGGGAUCCCAGGAGAGCCGGGUGAGAGGGGACCACUUGGAGAGACGGGGUUCCCGGGACCCGAGGGACCCCAAGGUGUUGCUGGCAGACCUGGAAAAGAUGGAACUCCCGGCUACAAGGGAGCACCGGGGAGACUGGGAGACAGAGGCCCCAAAGGUGAACGUGGCGAUCCGGGAAUUCCCGGAGAGAGAGGUGUCCAGGGAGACAGAGGACGCACAGGAGAUGUUGGACUGAUUGGCCCAAGUGGACCUCCGGGACAAAAAGGAGAUCCCGGCCCUCCAGGACCAUUGGGCGACCCCAACUUCAUGGAAGAAAUCAAAAUGCUCAUCAGUUCUGAAAUAUUAAGGAUCUUUGAAGAAAAGUGGUCCAGCCCUGCCAUGCUUCAGAAGCUGCCUGCAGGCAUUUUAGCCUCACAAGUCCAAGGGCCUCCAGGACAACCUGGCAGGGAUGGCUUGCCAGGCUCACCAGGAGAGCCUGGUUCUCCUGGUCCUCAAGGCUACAGGGGGCAAAAAGGAGAAAGAGGUCAGGUUGGUCUCGGCCUACCAGGUGAUCCAGGACCUAUGGGACCACCAGGCCUUCCCGGGGCAACUUCUCAGGGUCCUCCUGGCUCUCCGGGGAUCCGUGGACCUGCAGGGACAUGUGACCCCAGUGACUGUUAUCCGUUUGAGCCCAGCGCGGCCUUCAGCCAUCCUGCUCUGAGCUCCCAAGUGCAGCCAAACACUGUCCGCAGCAGGAAAGGAGGUACAGCGUGAUUGGUGUCCCGCACUGGGUCUAUCCAACCAACACUUGGAUACAGCCGGGGACUUUUUUUUGUGACAUUGCUAAUGGGCUUGUUUUGAAUGCAAUAUUUGUAUGUAAUUUUUUUUUUUUUUUUUUUUUUUUUUUUGCAAAGCUGUACUUUUGGUCUUGUUUUUAACCGACCCCUCUUCCCUGCUGCGAUGUGAUGCAUUCCUUGUCAACCCUCAUCACGUCAUUCAAGGCCGUGAAAUGACUUUGUUUAAUGGGUUUCAGCCCCGUCGGAAUAACAUGAUGUUAAUUAUUUGUUUGCCUCCUGAAGUGACACGCCUUGCACCCUUCUGUUCUCAUUUAGAUAAGCGGUCGUGCUAGCAGAAGGUAUACCAUACGUGUGUUUGUGCGCGGGUGGGUUUUGAAAGACGAAGAAGAAUGAGAUUAGAUAAUGUUUGUUUCAUGUGUGCCUCUGAGAGAAUUAGGAGCUCUUUACUUCUGUCGACUUCACGCAGUGGUCUUUGUGUUGAGCCGUUGCCCUGCGGAACUCCUUGUUAUCAGGCUACUGCAGAGCCUGUGGACGACUUAACACAUUUGAAUAAAGGUCUGAUAAUAGAAGUGCGUUUGAGAGAGAGAGCAAGCAAACAUCUAAAACAAAAAAAAAAUGUCCUUGAAAAAGAAUCCAGCGCCUUAUACCAAAGUGCAUCCACUGUGUUUGAUAUAGAAUUAUUUCUUUUUGUGGCGAGAGCUGAAAGAAUGUUUUAAAACAGCUCUUUUUUUUCCUGGAAUGUGGAUUAACCCAUUUUUUGUAUGUGUGGGCUAUUUUAGGUUUAUUAUAAAGUGAUUUGCAUCGUGAAUGAUCAUCAUUUUAAAAAAGAAACUAAAUGUCUUCCCCCUUUACUGCAAGUACAACAUCAGUCCUUAAUUAGCUUUGCUAUGGAAAUUGUCUGUACAAAAAAAAAAGGAAGAUCGCACUGAGGGCAGACUGAUACACUUAAGAAUCAUGGGCUGUACUUUAAACGUUAUUUCAUAAGCGUGAUCUAAUGUCACCUUUAUAAAGGACUUUUUAAGGCCA